AUGAUUCGGCGCCACUGUGCAGAGCGUCGGUACAAACCUACCAAGCUCCAGUUCAUGCGGGAAGUAGAGGAGGGUGUGCCUAUUCUAGAAACAGAAGCUGCUAAGGUUCUGCGUGCCCCACCUGUUGGUAUUACCAUUAACAUUAGAAAGGGCAGAUGCAUGCUGGACGCUGCACCAACUGUACAGGAAGCCCCCCGCCUGGUCUAUGGACAGACGCCCAAGGUCACAGAGGCAUCUUGGAAAGAAACUAUGCUCGAGUGGUGGAGUGUUGUCGUCGAGGCAGUCGGGAUCUUCGAUGAGGCUCGUAAGAAAUAA